GGCUAAAAUGCUGACGCGCUGUGCUGACAAUAUACACAAAGAAGGAAAAUGCUGACGAUAUGUAUAUAGAGGCGAUUAAGAAAAUGCUGACGAUAUAGAAAUAGAAGGUUUUUAGGAAACACUGACAACAAAGAAUUAUUAUUAUUGUUGUCUUUCAAUAAUUAAUAAAACAGUAUUAAUUGGAAAUGACUUGUAAAAUAGCGCAAAAUUGACAUAAUUUAAACAGAAAAUACGCUGGGUUGAUUUUAUAUAUCUAAAAUAUACAUUAAAAAAGAAAAGUAUUUGAGUGUUCAAUGUGUUUAAUUAGUUAAAGUUAAGAAAUUAAUAAAAGCAUUUAUAAAUUCAAGUUGUAUUACCAUUAAUAAUGUGAAAUAAUAAUGAAAUUGUAAUUAAUCUACUUUAUAAUUAAGCACCGCUGUUUUUUUUUUUUUUUUGUUUGUUUGUUUCUUUCUUGUUUUUUCUUUUAAAUUUUUUAAAAAUUAUGCGUGCAUUACAUUAAUCAGACGUUAUAUAAAUUACUUGCAAAAGUAAACUGCGUAUAUAUUAUUUAUACAAAAGAGUAUUUAACUUACUUAAAUGAAAUAAAAUCUCUAAUAUUUCUUUUUUUUAGCAUUAUUUAAUCAUAGACAACAAUGAAGUGAGCGAGGCAAUCAUACGGACAAGUAAUGCGCUUCAUAUUUUAAAAAUGGUAAAAUCAAUUUAGACAGCACAUGGACCGACAAUCUAAGAAUACACCAUAAUUAUUUGUUUGUUUCAUACAAAAAUUAUAAUUGUCUUCUAUACAAGGGGAUGAAACGGAAAAUGUUUGUGAUUUAUUGUUAGAAAGCGCACCAUCUUUAAUCUUCCCCGUCCGUUUUCACACAAUGAUUAAAUCAAUCGUUUUGUUUGUUCUCACCUUUUUAUAAAAAAUGUUAUCCUAUAAUUAUGAUAUCCUUUAAUCUGCUACUGACAGUCACAGUUUUUUAAGUUAAUCAAAAAUGUAUACAUGUGUGAUUGAUCAUUCGAGUUCAACCGUUAAAUUGUAAUAAAUGAGUAAUUACAUGAAAGCGUAAUUAUACCAAAAGUAUAUCUCAAUAAAAGACCUAAAUGCCGAUUUGUUAUUGUUCUGUUUUUUUUUUCUUUUUUGUUUGUUUUUCUUUAUGUCUUUGAUCUUAUAAUAAUCAUUUUGCUUAAGUAUAGAAUUCCAACACCAAUUUAAAGAAAUGAGUAAAAGAAAUGAGUAACAUAUAACAUAUAUAAACAUUUUCAGUGCUAUCUACAUUCUCUUUACCAAUUUACAAAAAGUGCUUCUUUUGCGAAUAUUGGUUGCUUACUAUAGUGUUUAUUGUUCAAUAUUAUAAUAUUUUGUGUUCAGUAUUAUUUUGUGUUAUUUCUCGUGUGUUAAUAUUAUUGAAACUUGCAUCACUCACACAAUGGCUUUAGUGAUAGGACAUAGCCAGGCCAAAUAUCUUAGUGAAUAUUUGACAGAGGAUGAUUUCAGUGUGUUUUCAUAUCCUGGAUAUACUACUAGUGACAUACUUAAGCAGGAUAUUAUUUAUGAUGUAGCACCAUUCUUUUCGGUCAUUGUCGUUAUAGUUGGAGCGAAUGAUAUUGGGCGCAAAUCAUCAGAGGCCAUUGUAUCCGACAUAAAGAAGUUCUGUACCGAACUCCGUUGUGAGUCUUCAAGUGCCACUGUUGUAGUAUCUGAAAUUCUUCCAAGGUGUCAGAACAUGUUUGAUGGAUGUGAACGAUCGAAUGAUUUCCUAGACAGAUGGAACUAUGAGGCGGCCACGAUCAACCGUCAGCUUCAUGCAAUGGUCCGAGAUAUACCAUGGCUUAAUGUUAUGAUACAGUCUGACUUUCAUACAAUGUUUGGCGCAAGGAGACAGAUGUUUAGCAGAGAUGGGUUACACCUCAGUUACGACGGUACAUCAACGUUAGCAUCGAAUAUUGUAUCUGCUGUGUUCUCGCUUUCUACAAUUUCCGAGACAACUUCUUCUGUAGGUCCGCAGGUUGAUGAAAACCCUAUCGUCAGCAACACUGAACAACGCUCCAAGGUUACACCUUCAGAUCCACCAAAAACAGUUACCAAACCUGGUGUGCCAAUGAUGUUAAGAAAUCGUCCGCAGAAGUGUAAAAUUGUGUUAAUUGAAACCGAUACAAAGUUUUAUUUAAGUACAGAUAGUGUUAAGCUCUUUGGUGGUGGGAAUGACGCACCUAUGUUCACGAAAACGAAAGUAAGGACAUUUAUAAUCCAUACUCUGGAAUCACGAAUAAUGUAGUUGAAAGUAUGAAUGCUAAAUUAAAAAGACUCAUUGACCAUAAAGAAAAGGCAAUUGAUGAAAUAGUUAUGUACUUACAUUAUUUACAAGGCAAUGAUCUCGCUGGAUUGAUCAGAGCAUUCUGUGGAGAAAGCGAAUGGACACUCACUGAAAGUUUUAAAUUUGCGGCACGCGAUCCUGAAACAGUCAGCUUACCGAAAAAUGUUUGCCAUCCUGAUAAAUUGAUACAGUUAAUAAAAGGGGAAAUGAAUGCUUUGUUGAACAAAAACAGAACAAAUAAUGAUAAUACUAACGAUAUAUCGAACGAGAAAGAGACUGAUGAAAAUAUGAAAUCUUCAAAAAAUCAGAAAGUUAUUAAAGGUCCGGUAUCACAAAAGUCACUAGCUGUUAAAACUAUAGCAGACAAUGGAAUCGUACUUGUACCAGCUAUGGGUGCAUUCAUGGUAAAUGGAUCUAACGAUAAAAAAUAUUCUGUAACAAUAUUCCCAAAAGAAACAUGUUCCUGUCCGGCAACUUCAAGAUGCUACCAUAUUAUAGCAGCGAUGAUGUCCGUUGGUAUGCCGAUUCCCGACGAGAAAAAAGUGUUUAAUUUAACGCAACUUCGAAAAAACUGUCGUCCAAAACAUUCUAAAAAAUGUGGGACCAAGAAAGGUAGAAAAGGAGACAACGAUAAUGACACUAUAAUAAAUCCGGCACCCGAUUCAGUCGUGAAAGUAUUUAAUGGUGGCAAUAUUUUCGAAACGCCUAAUUCAGAAAGUGUUCAGCAGGCGAAACUCGGAUUUGAAAUAUCUACACCGAAAUCUAUUCUGAAACGAACAGCAUCGAAAUCACCUAAAUCCACUUUAAGAAAACGUAAACUAAAGUUUGAAGAAUCAGAUAAUAUCAAAAUACCGAGGUUAGAGACUGAUUUAUCUUAUAUAAAUGAAGACAAUGAAUUUAUUGAAUUAGAACUGAGCCGAGACGACAGUGUAUCUGAAGGCACUGCAGCUGGAAAUUCCGAAAUGUGGCUCAGUGACCUAGGUUUAACAAUUACUGAUAAAGAAGAUUUGAUCAACAACAAAAAACUAAAUUCUAAUCAUAUGGAAGCAGUGAAUAAAUUACUAAGAAAACAUGUCGGAGAUUCUGUGGGCGGGCUUCAGUUAACUGAAAAGGUUCCGAUCUUUAAUGACACAGAAAACAGAUGGUUGACAAAAGUGCAUAUGGAACCGGUUCAGUCGCCAUCUUGUCAGAUACAUCACACCCACAGUGAUCACUGGGUUGCAUCUGUGUAUCAUGAAAACAUAGUUUAUUUAUUGGAUACUUUAGGAAAUGACCGGAACAUUGAACGAAUAAUUCCUAAUGGUUUAAAAAUCCAACUUUCACAGAUAUAUGGACAAAAUAAAGACGUUUUAAAGGUUCAAAUACCAACAGUUAUGAAACAAAACAACAUAGGAGAAUAUUUUGGUUUAUAUCCAUCUUACAGAUUUUUUUGAAAAUGAAGAGAAACAGGGGGAAUUCUGUAAAUUUCUUCUUAUAUGCAAAUGAGCUGAAAAUGUAUUGAAAUGACUAGAUCAGAAGUUUAUGCCUUUCCAGUAAGUUUUUCCCUACCUUUGACGAUAGUUAUUAAAAAGUAUAGAUAUCAACCUCUUUGCUGAUAUUAGUACCUAAAAUUUUCAGCCUGUGAAUAGCUGUGGAAAUUUGGGACUUCCUUUUUUUGAAGAUAUAAAUAGAUCUAAGCUAUAUUUAGACUAAAGUUUUUUUCAGUAUAACAGCAUGUAGAGAACCCUUACAUACAGUCAAAUAUUCUUGAUAUUGCAAGGAAAUAUAAUGCAUUUUUUCAAGUGCUUGCUGUUUCUUAUUUUGUGCAUACUUGAUAUAGGUCAUUGUCAAUGUCAGCUAUCAUUAUACUGACAUUUGAAGUUGUUGUUUUUUUCUAAAUUACCUCCCUUAUAUAUGCAUUUUUCUUCAUUCAUUUUAUUGAUAAUUACUUCCCUUUAUGUUUAGCAAAAAUUCUCAGAUUGCAUUUAAUUAACUCCCUUUAUUUAACAUGAAACAUUCUCUUGUGUAAUGAUUAUUUGUAUAUUUUACUUUCAGUGUCUGAUACAUGUAGUUGCAGUCUGUCUUUGGAAGCUGUAGAAAUAACAAGAAAGGGACUGACAUAGUGUUUUGGUAGGGAAAAGUUUGAGUAUGUACAUGCACAGUUGUUUGACCUGUCUUACCCUGUGGCAGUCCAAGCAGAUGUUACCAUUAUGAAAAAUGCAGGAGAACUUGAAGACAAUGGUUAGUGCAGAAGGGACAUAAAAGUUAUGAUAAAAGUAACAGAUAUAAAUAAGAAGUGCUACAAGUGUGUUGUCAUGUGAAAUGGAAUUUACCCCAACUGUGCUGCAUGAUGUAUAUUCAAGUGCAAGACAGCCAUGCACCAGCUGUAAACUGAGAUGGACCCAUAUAAUAAAUAUGUUGCCUUUCCUAUGUAUUAUCAUCUGUACAGAAUGUGUUCAUGACAAGACUGUAUACAUGUAUUGUUAAAUAAUUUUUUAUUUCCAUUAUUGCAUGCAUGUAAGAAGCAAGCAUUUAACAAUUGCAGUCAUAGAAGUGUUCAAAUGUGAUCAAUCUAAUUUAAAGAAACACAUUUAAUUGGACUUUUUAAGUUUCAUAGUAUUUUUGGUGGGGAUUGACCCAGUCAUUCAGCAACUUAUACAGUCUGUGUGUCAUUUCUUGUAUGUUAUAGUUUUCUUAAUAAUACAUUAAAUGUCAAAGUUAUGGUAAGAUGAACUCAUUCAUCACUUGUAGAUUAAUGUUAAAGCAGUUCAACAUUUUACCAUAAGUUAACUAAUAUUCUAUUUAACCAGAGUUGUCACAUAUUUUCAUAUAAAUAUUUGUAUAAUACAGUCUAAUCUAAUCUACAUAUGAUGUACAACAAUUUUUUAGUUAUAUUUUAUGUUGAUAUUUUAUGUUGUUUUCAUGUCUCAACAUAUAAUUACUAACAUCAAAGAAACUUAAGUAUUUUACAAUUUGGUUGGUAUAAAUGGUUGUUUUGUUUAUAUAUUUUUUUCCAUCCAGGAGAAUAAAGAAAUAUACAUUUCAAAAUAUCUCAUCAUUCCAGAUAAGUACACUACAUAAUCAAGAUAAAAGAAAUAAGAACAAUAUAUGUUGGUGGAAUUUUAUUUUCAAAAAUUUGAUAUACAGUCUUUGUAGUAUUUACUUCUUUAGAUAUGUUGGACUGAAAUGGGAAUAACAACAUACUUUAAUUUUUUGUUUUCAUAAGUUAAUAUGGGAAUUAUUAACUUAACUUAACUUAAAAAGAUUUUAUCUCACUGUUAUGCCAUCUGAGCUUUAAUAUUUUUCAACAUUGUCAUUGGCAACAAGGCUCAAAAUUAUUUGUUGUGUAUACCUUGCAUUCAUGUGUGAUAAAUGCUUUUAUGGUAUUCUUUAAUAUAAUUUAUGCUUUUCAUCUUACCAUGGAUUAAAAAAAUAUAAAUUUAUUUGUCUGAAAAUUAAGGUAAAAAUACUGACUGAUUAAAUUGCAAUAUAAGAAAGCUUAUUUGAGAUAAAGGGAGGUAAUUCCAUAAAAAUAUAUGUAAAAUGUAGAUGAUAAAUGUAAUGAAGGGAGGUAAUAAAAUAUUGUGAAGUUA